ACGAUGUCUGCAGUAUGACCGUUUGGCGUCCCAAGGAUAACAAAUAUCCCAUUCAGGGGAGAGAGGAGGAUAUCGUCUUUCAAGACUCAUCCUUCAUUCCCAAGGAUGCUCGCCCCUGCAGAGGAGAGGACCUAACCGUGCCUAUCGACUCCAGCGUCCUCCCAGACCUUUCGGUUGUUCUCGUGAACUGGGCUCUUGAACCUCACACGCCAAUGGGCCUCGAUUUGCCAGUGACCGACACAAGAGCCCCAACCUUCAUGGCUGUUCUGACCUUCUCCGACGGUGGCGGCCCUGGAGCUGUUAAGUUCACACUUAAGCAUGAUGUGAGUUUCGUCACUUCAUAUCCCUGCACGGGCCCUUCCAUGGCUCGUUCAUGCGCGCCACCUCAAAAGCACACGAGCAGUACGGAGAAGAUAGUGUCAAGAUUCUGGAGUCGUCGAACCGGCCAUAGAGUCGAGCUGUUCGAUCGUCUUCAGCCACCGCUAUUUGUUCAUCGCUUCCACGCUCCUCAACCGGACCUGCCGGCGGAGACUGAUAACCAGAGCCCAGAAAGUGCGCCGCUGGAUUUCAAACCACUCAGGGAGCAUCCCCUCCAUGUAUGGUAUAACUACAAGAUCGUGCCUGCAACGGCUGUUUUCAACCCAAACUUCACUGAUAACCUGCUUAAAUCGCCCGACAGGUAUGCGAACCCAGAUUAUUGCCGUCGCGACCAUAAGACGACCCUUGUGCUUGAUGCGCGGGGUUCAAAAGAUUUGGAACUGUUGGCUAGGGCCUGGUGUGCAGCCGAAGGGUGUGAUGCCGUUAUUGGGCGGACGACGCGGACGUGCCUUGCGUGCUGUAUCCGUGAGGCUUCGGGGUUGGGCAUCGGAGUGGUGAUUAGGGUAUAGGAUGAGGUGGCAUUGUGAGGUCUGUCAUAGAUGAAAUGGGGUAGUCGUCAAAACUUGAAUACCUGUACCACAGAUAGAAGAACUUCUCUCGUUGUAUAGAUGUAAUGGCAUGGUCACUCAGGGGAUUCAGCCGAACGUCGUGGA